UUAGAGACAACAAUUUUCGGUGUUCUCUUUAACGGUGUAGUGUGGAAAUUCGUACGGAUAAUUCAACUACUCUCGAAAUGGAAAUAUGAAUACGGAAGAAGCUAUGAUUUGCUGUGUAUUUUAUUGGAAAUGUGUGAAAUGGUUAUGAAGUGUUCUAAACUUGUUGCCGUUUUGUGUUCGAAUUGUAUUGCUGAAAUCAGAAAAAUUAUCGUGUUCGCUUUAAUUAUAAAAUCAAGCUAUUUUGCGCAGUCAUAUUUGAACUAAGUCGAUACUAUGGUGAUGAUGCAGUCGCCGAAAUCGGAUUCCGGACAACCGGAAAGCCCACCGCUUUCCCAGCCAAAUUCACCAUCAUUAUCAACUGAACCGGUGCAAAUGACUCAUGAAAAACUAUCAAACGCAAUGUUAAUGAGCCUUACUCACACAUCAUUAAGCCCAACGGAUAUUUCUCAUCCAACGGCGCGAUCUCCACUAUCUCCAAAGUCUGACGGAUUAACAGUGCGAUAUCAAGAACUCCAUACAUCAGAAGGAAAAAGCUUCGAGUUGAAGGGCAAGUAUUCUCUUCUUUCCAAAGAGAACAUUAGCCUCCGACCUGUGAACGGUGAUCAUAUCAUAUAUGCCAAAAGUGACCGUGAUCUUUUAGAACCGAGUGCCAAGUUUUCCAUAGAAAGACUAAAACAGUUAGCUGAGCACAACAUAACCGCCCGUCUCAGUCCAUCCGACAUCGACAAGUUUCCUUCUGGGAAAUACUCGAUUGAUCAUAGUAUGAAGUACGUUGCUACUAAUGAUUCGAGUAUGCAACAUUCACCAUCGCAACAGUUUUCAACGGCGCAACCGGGGAUUCCAGUACCGUCGGUGCUGCCAAAUUUGCAUCCUAUGGGACAACAUCCUGCUCUUGGUGUGUCAGGUCAACAUCAACCAUCUUCACAUCAUCAGCACCAACUACAGCAAACACAUCCAAAUCAACAGCAUCCCUUCUCUAUUAAGUAUCCUCCAAGAAGUGUUUCGCCAACGGAUUUGGAAAUCGAACGAUUCAAAAUAGCGCGAUCCAUCACGAAUGGAAAGGAACUCUCAGAUUUCGGCUUCCGGAUACAACUAGGUGGUCUCUCAACAAACUAUGCGAGAAGUGAUACUAGUGAAGAACUAAACGUUGAUGGUAAUGAGGAUAGUUCGCAGGGUGCAACAUCGGGAUGUCCAGUUGAUCUCACACGUUCCAUGGACAGCAGUAGUGCGAAAUCAAUGACUAACAGUGAUCAAGAGACUACGCCGAAACGGUUAGCUUUCUCCGUGGAAAAUAUUCUGGAUCCAAACAAGUUCAAUGGCAAACAUAGCCAAAUCAAUAAUAACAGCAGUAGUAUCAAUAACAACAAUAGUAGUAGUCAAAACAACAAUUCCAACAAUCAUAGUGCUAAUAGUAAUAACAAAUUCUGGAGUGGCUUUGACCGGGAUGAUAAAAUGGACGACGAUCAAAGUGAUUCACGAUCAGCGAAAGAUAUGAACGACAUCGAUCAGGACGAGCUGGGAGAUGAUACAAUGGGAAGCGACAUCGAUGACCAUGCCAGUGAAACAGAUUCUAAAAAAGACGGCAGUCGAUCCGGUGAUGGAAAAUCACAGGGUAAUAGUUCUAAGCCACGAAGGGCGCGCACUGCGUUUACUUACGAGCAGCUGGUAUCCCUAGAAAACAAAUUCAAAACCACCCGAUAUUUAUCGGUUUGUGAAAGACUGAAUCUAGCGUUAAGUUUAAGCCUCACCGAAACUCAGGUUAAAAUUUGGUUCCAAAAUCGCCGAACCAAAUGGAAAAAGCAGAACCCUGGUAUGGAUGUUAAUAGUCCAACGGUACCGCCUCCAAACGGCGGAGGAGCAUUCGGUCCCGGUUCCUAUGCCAGCAGCCUUUUGUACCCGCACGCCGUAGCCUAUCCACCGUACGGGCCAUACUUCCAUCCAUUGGGUGCUCAUCAUUUAGGCCACUCGCACUCCUAGACGAAAAAUCUACAGCGGAUCAUGGUUCGGGUUUGCGUAAAUUUCUUCCGAAUUCAGUUUACUUUUAACGGUCGGGUUGUGCAAGUAUGUAAAAAAAAUGUUUUUAUCUGUCAAAAUGAAAGUUUCCAAUACUAUCAAACACUUGACUACAAUGUAUAUAAUCGUUCACGCUAAGUAGGUAAUGAUAGAAAUUGUGCAUAUAAUUUGUAGUCAAUUUAAAAAUAGAUUGUAAAUAUCUGUAAAAAGUGCAAAUUGAUAUAUACCU